CCGGCAAGAUGGCUGCGCCCAUACGUGCGCACGGGGAGCGCCUGGAGCGCCGCUAAGCCCGGCCCUACUGAGCCCGGUCCCGCCGAGCCCGGCCCUACUGAGCCCGGUCCCGCCGAGCCCGGCCCCGCCGAGCCCGGCCCUACUGAGCCCGGUCCCGCCGAGCCCGGCCCCGCCGAGCCCGGCCCCGGCCGCCAGCCCCGACCGCCCCCCCUUCAUGGAGCCGCGGGAGUCCUGGGCGGCCUUGGCGGCUGGUGGAAUUGCUGGUGUGUGUGUUGACUUGAUCCUUUUCCCCCUGGAUACUGUAAAAACGAGACUUCAGAGUCCUCAAGGAUUUAGGAAAGCUGGUGGUUUUCGUGGCAUCUAUGCUGGUGUUCCUUCCACUGCAAUAGGAUCCUUUCCAAAUGCUGCUGCUUUUUUUAUCACCUAUGAGAAUGUGAAAUCUGUGCUGCCUCAUGGAUCUUCAUCAUACUUGUCCCCUGCAACACACAUGGUGGCUGCCUCCCUUGGGGAAGUGGUUGCCUGUCUCAUACGGGUUCCAUCCGAGGUUGUCAAGCAAAGGGCCCAGGUUUCUCCUUCCUCGAGCACUCUCCGGAUUCUCUCCCACACCUUGUACCAUGAGGGUAUUCAAGGACUUUAUCGGGGUUAUAAAAGCACAGUAUUAAGAGAGAUUCCUUUCUCUCUGGUACAGUUUCCCCUCUGGGAGUCCUUAAAGGAACUCUGGUCAUGGAAGCAGGGUCACGUGGUGGAUUCUUGGCAGUCAGCAGUCUGUGGAGCUUUUGCAGGUGGAUUUGCAGCUGCAGUCACCACACCGCUCGACGUAGCAAAAACAAGAAUUAUGUUGGCAAAGGCUGGUUCCAGCAACGCCAGCGGGAACGUGCUGGCUGCCCUUGGUGGCAUCUGGAGGACACAAGGCCUGUCAGGCUUGUUCGCAGGUGUUGUCCCACGGAUGGCAGCCAUCAGCCUGGGAGGCUUCAUCUUCCUGGGGACAUACGAGAAGACUCGGCAGCUGCUGCUGUGAGCCAGCCCGGCCGCUCCUGCUGGGGGAGAAGCCACCGAGCCGCAGGAGGAGUCGGGCUGGGAGCAGCGCCUUCCUCCCGCAGCCCUCACAGCAGCUGUCCCGCAGGCUGAGAGCCACUCUCCCUGCUAGAGAAAAGUAAAUCCUCCAAUAAUCCAGUUUCCCAAACAUGAAAUUUUCCUCCGUGGAAAGUAGGUGAAGUCAUUGUGAAGAGUUGUGCCAAAAAAGCAAUGUUUGGGGGGUAAACAGCUAAUUACGAUGGCUGCAAAAGGCAUUAUUAGAACUCCUGCAGGGAAAGUGUUUUGGAAAGCUCUGGCUUGGGGGCUGAGUGGGAAGGCUGAAAUAAAGCAAGUUUUCAUCAUUCAGUGGCACCUGCUUCGUAACAGGGGAGGGGAAGGGGCUGAUAGAGUUACAGCCUGCUGCCCUCCAACAGCACCGAAAGGAUUCCGGCUUGGGAGAGAUCUUUGUAAAAGACAAUAAUCCAUUUGUUUCUGAUUCGAGCUGUAUUUGUGGAAGUUUAUAUUCCUGUUUAUACCUACAGGUGCUCAGCAAGCAUUCCUGUGUGGGAGCCAGUGCAGCUUUAUUAAUCACACUCAUAUUUCUCCAGUAAAAGCACAGGCUUGUAUUAUUUUACAGCUGUGCUUGUGCAAAGACAUGGAGCUCUGCCUUCUUUUGGUCUUCAUCCCUCAGCUUCUGAAGCAGCAGGAGGAUGGAAGUGCUGAAGCCUGGGAGGGAAGCUGGGAGGGCAAGGCAGGGAGAACAUCAGAGUUCUGCUGAUGUAGGGGUGGAUCCUGAGGGCUCGUGGGGGGCUGCUGGCAGUCAGAGCAAAAUUCUGCUGCUGUUCUCAUGUAGGAAACAGAAGCUGCAGCAGCCAAAAUGGUGUGGGGAUGAGUGUGAUGAAAAGACCUUAUUGGAAUUACUCAAAAUUAUCAUCCAAAAUAAUUAUUAAACAGCACAGGCUGGAUGUUUUAUUACACUGCUGUCCAUGACAGAGCAGGAAGACUUUUUAGAGGCCAAAACUUAGAAAAUAAUUGGCAGACAAGUAAAACAUACAGAACAAAGGACAUAAUUCUUUAAAAUAAUCUUCAGUUAAAAUGCAGAAUUCAGCCAAGUCCCAUAUUGGCUGGUGGGUAAUGCUACUCGUUACCAUGGCUUGGUGUAGCUGUGCUUCCUGCCACUUGGAGGCUGUUUUAUGACAUUCUAUAUAUAUAUGUAUCACAUCCAAUUUUAGGGGCUGGGGGGGAGGGAGAUUUAUUACUCAGUCUAAAAAUCUAUCACAUUUUCUCUUGAAGCUCUUUAAACAUGGUGAGGGGGUUAGUAGUGCAGUUGAUGCAUUUAAUUACUUGAGCUGUAAAUAAUCAUCUUUAUGUCAUUGGGUCCAAAUGGUGCAUUUCUUGUUGUUUUUAUUUAAUAUUGCAGAAUCAGUUUUUGUCAUCACUUUUUUUUUUUUCUUUUAAAUUAAAAUAAAAAACUCCAACCAAAACCCAACAAAACCCAACCAAGCAGCCAAAUUGUUUUAACCAACCAAAUGGUGGGAGUGGACAGACCUCAAGUGAUUCCCUUUCCUCUGUGCCAGUGGAGACGCUCUGCACAAGAAGGCCAAAGGUACCUGGGAAUGGCAGCAGGCAAGGGAGAGCAGCAGGUGGCUGGUUUGUCUAAUCAGGGUGUAAAAAUAAUUUUAGUUUGGGGAGUGUGGGGAGAAAAAUAGACCAAGAAAUGCCUUGGUUCCCCUAUGACUUUGCUUUAAGUUUUAGCAAUGUUUUAUUUCAAGUUCACCAAAAUAAAAUAAAAAACCUAAUUGUAGCCCAUUACUGGGAUGAAGUGGGGAAACAAAUUUCAGGCCAGGCACCAGCCUGUUAUAAGUGACCUUUUUAUUAAGCCUGGGAGGUUAAUUAAAGUUGCUAUUACUGAAGUGUUAAUUAAUGUUAUGGGUUACAAAGUUACAAGAGGUAAAUGUUAAUUAUGUCUGAUUAUGAUAUAAAGUUGUCAAGAUGAUGGUUGGUAUUACUGUUAAUGACUUUGGUUUAUUUGGGAUUGAGACUGGGUUGGGGUCUGGAGAUUGGAAUAUGGUGGAUUAGUAAGAAAUAUCGAGGCUUGUAAGGGCCUGGACUGGUAGAAGAAAAGAACAUUCCAGAACAUGAGGUAAUGAAGGGCUUGUCAAUACCUUAAGUGAUGACUGGAAGAAGCAUCCACCAAUCACACAAUGCCUUGAGAAAACGCUUGGAGCGGGAUGAGCACUGUUCUAGACCAAUCAUGGCCCGGGAAAGCGGCCAGUCCCAAAGAGGAUCCCAAACGGACCAAUCCAGGACUUGGGGAAGGGAAUAAAUCAGGGUGUUGGCUCAUAUCUGAGGUUAUUUCAUUGGAGAAGCGUGUUUGUGGUGUUGUUAUCCUGAUUUGUAGGGUGGAGUACACAAGCUUAGCUUGGUCUCCCUUCGGCCAUUGUUCACAUUUAAUAAAUGAGCCAGACUUUUCUCCUC